UUUGUUUGUACAGCACUUCCGCCUUUAAGCGUCAGAGUUGUUGCUAUGGUUACACGGAGUUUCACAAACAACUUAACCGGCUAUAUUUCACUCCAUCAGUUUAACACUGCAAGUUUUUCUUCAGUUUAAAAAGCCCUUGAUUAGGUGGAUUCAUGCCUCUCCUGAAGAAACCCCGGAAAACUGAGUCACUUGUAAAAGUUCUGGAUAAAAAGGCUCAGAAGAAUGGGCUCCACCGGACCAUCUACAGCACGAACGGAGACCAAUACACCGGAGAGUGGAGGGAUAACAUGAGACACGGAGAGGGAACACAGGUGUGGAAGAGAGCCGGAGCUUUGUAUAAAGGCGAAUGGAAGCAGAAUGUGCGUGAAGGCUACGGGAUACUCAGCAAACUGCAGCCAUCAACUAAUGAAAACGUAAAGGUUUAUUCAGGCACAUGGAGAAAUGAUAAGAAAGAGGGGUUUGGGACACGUUUCUACAGCUUGUCAGCACGAUAUGAGGGGGAAUGGGUGGAGAAUGAGAGGAGUGGCUGGGGGAGGAUGAAUUAUGAGAACGGAGAUGUGUAUGAAGGCGAGUGGCUGAAGGAUAAACCCCACGGUCAGGGUGUGCUGUGGCUCGUGAAUGAGACGAGAUAUGAGGGCAGCUGGAAGGACGGGAAGAAACAUGGAUACGGACGCUUUUUCUACACUGACAGGGGUCAGCUAUACGAGGGCUUCUGGGUUGAUGAUGUGCCGAGGUGCGGGACAGUGUGUGAUUACGACAGGAAGCAUGCACACACACCACCGCGAUACCCCAUCCCCCCGGUGAUGUUGCAGGAUGUUCAGUCGGUACUGAUGGAGGGACACAGCCGUUUCUGGGGCAGCAAAGAGGAUUAAAAAAAAAUAAAUCAAC